GGUGUAAAGCGAGAAAGGGUUGAGCAGCCGAACCCUAGCCCUUCUCUCUCUCUCUCUCUCACCAAAACCCCCACAACCUUCCAGAUCCUUCUUCUCCUUCCGAACCCUCCAGAGCCUCUCUCUCCUUCCGUUACCUCUCUUUAUAAUCUCUCUCCUCCAAAUCCCAAUCUCACCAAAAGUUCUCGCCUUUUUUUACCCCAAAUCUCAAAAACCCUAACCCUAAUGGCGAAAUACGGCGAGGGCGACAAGCGCUGGAUCGUCGGCGACGGCGCCAACGUCCACAACUGGCACUGGGCCGAGCGCGAUUGCCUCGAGUGGUCGCGAUCUCUCCUCUCCUCUCUCCUCUCAAAUCUCUCAAUUCUCGACGCUGAAUCCGGCGGCGGGCUCAAGAUCGCGACCAAAACCCUAGAGAAGCUCGAUGGGGAGGCGUAUGUUAAUGUGAGAAAGGGGAAGGUUAUUCCUGGGUAUGAGCUCUCGCUGUCGCUGUCGUUUGAGGCAGAGGUUGUGCCGGAGGGGGUGAAGAUUGCUGGAUCUGUUGAGAUCCCUUACAUUGCUGAUGAGAAUGCUGAUGAGGAUCCCGAGGUUCGGGUUUUGAUUCGAGAUGAUGAGGGGCCAAUUGGUAGGAGGGUUAAAGACGCCUUCAUUGCCAAGGGCAAUCCGGUGAUUUUGGAGAAGGUUAGGACUUAUGUUCAGGCAAUGGCAAAGGGUGGUCCUGCGAAGGAUGAACUUGAAGUGAAGACCGAAGGCGGAGCUCCUGCAGCGAAAUCAGUGGAGAAGAAGAAGAAAGAGAAGGAGAAGGAAGGGUUUAAGACGAUAACAGUGACAGAGAAGUUCAGUUGCAGAGCAAAGGAUAUGUAUGAGAUUUUAAUGGAUGAGAAUAGAUGGAAGGGUUUCACGCAGAGCAAUGCGAGGAUUAGCAAGGAGGUUGGAGGGCAGUUUACUCUUUUUGAUGGGUCGGUGACAGGGAUGAAUGAGGAGUUGCAGGAGGGGAAGCUUAUUGUGCAGAAAUGGAGGUUUGCGAGCUGGGCUGAUGGAAUUCAUUCAACUGUAAGAAUUGUAUUUGAUGAACCAGAGGCUGGAGUUACAGUCAUAAAACUAACUCAGACGAACGUGCCCGAGGAAGAUCGGUAUGGGAACUCAACAGUUGUCGAGAACACAGAGAGGGGUUGGAGAGAUCUGAUCUUUCAAAGGAUACGAGGAGUCUUUGGGUUUGGAAUCUAAGCAUUUGGCCGUGAAGUUUGAGCUUUUGGUACCUCCCUUUAUCUUGUGAUUUUUGAUGCACAACUGAAUUGUAGUGCAAUUACUGUUAUCUUAUUACCUUAUGGAAAGCACGAAUGUCAAGUAUGGUCUCCAUGUACUCUUAGUUUGAGAUGGAAACUAAAUCCCUCAUACAGUGGAUUCCAGUCUUUUCUUUUGAAAUCUAUCAUGGUUAUGUUUUCUUAAUUUAGGCGGGGUUUCUUAUCAUAAAGAUUUACCUAAGAUUGUGCAUGCUACUCAAGUCUUGUUAUAUCAUGGUGAUUUUUUAA